ACGACGUUGCAGCCAAUGACACAAAGUGACUCAGACAACCGGAAAUCAGCUGAACAUUUUGUUUGGCUCUCGCGCAUUUCUCACAUAGCAAACAGUGUAUCACAGGAACAGACAGGUCGCAGCUCUCUGUGGGGACAUACACACACAUUUCACUGCACUCUGCCUUCAUGUAGAUGGACGGCUGGAGUCCAACAAGGCGGACACACUCAGGACUUUAAGGCGGAGAAUGUGAAGACAGAGACGAUGUGCUCCACGGGAACCAACGCGGAGCUUCAACAAACACCGGCCGACCCGGCUCUGAUCCUGGAGCUGAAGACUAGGAGACCUCCGUCCUUGGAGGGCCGGGCGGGAUGCGAGACCUGGAGCGUGGACUUUUCCCCGGACGGAGCUUGGUUCGCCUGGUCGAUGGGACACGGGAUCGUGUGGGUGGUCGCCUGGCCUCUGGACUCUGAAGAUGGUCGGAAUGGAGACAUCGACCGAGGAGACAAGAGCUUCAGCUGUGGUCAUCCAGUGUGGGGCCUUGCUUUUGGACCCAGACCCCCAAAAUCAGCUGCGGUGGCACGCCAGGCUAAGAUAUCAUCAAAAUGGAAAAACAGCCUGCUUCUGGCCACGGGCCUGGAGAACGGGGUGAUCAAAAUCUGGAACGUGUUAACAGGUGAUGCUGUAUUUGAUCUGCAUGGACACGAAGGUGUUGUGAGGGACCUGGUCUUCCCCCAGAACGGGACGCUCACACUCGUAUCAUCCUCUCGGGACAAGACAUUGAGGAUUUGGGACCUGGCUCAGAAAGGUAAAAAGGUGCAAGUGCUCUCUGGCCAUAAAGACUGGAUCAGCUGCUGCUGCGUAUCAUCAGACUGCAGCAUGAUCGCAUCUGUCGGCAGAUUUGACAGAAUGGUGUGUCUGUGGAGUCUGCGCUCGUAUACGUUCAUCAGGAACCUGACAGGAGGGACCCACAAGACCUUGUACCUCCUGUCCUCCUGUGACUUCUCUCCUGAUGGGGCGGUGCUCGCCACCGCGGCCUUCAGCGGCUCCAGCUGGUGGAUCGACCUCUGGGACCCAUACACUGCAGAGAAACUGGCCACUCUGGUUGACUACUUUGAAGAUUACAGACAAAAUCAAAUCUCAGCAAUACAGUUUUCUCCCAACGGUUUACACUUGGCGAUGGUGACUGACGACAGAGCUCUUCGGGUCUGGGAGCCGGGACAGAAAGGGAUGGUGAUGCAGACGAGACCGGACCGAGACUCUAAUGGACUCUGCUGCAAAUACCAUCCACAGGGGGGAGUGGUCGCCACAGGAACCAGAGACGGCCACGUGAGGUUCUGGAACGCGCCCAGGACUGUGCCCAGCCUGUGCCACCUGUGCCGAUCCAUCCUGCGCCACUCGGUGUCCACACACCAGAUGGAGCCACUGCCCCUCCCCAAGAGGAUCCUCAAGUACCUCACCUACCGUAACAUCCCCAACCGCCUCAAGACCUGCUGCUCCUCAGACGAAGAGUGGGAGGGUUAAAUAGGAACCUUAACAACUGACAUUUACAGCAAGUGAUUGUCACGCACUCUCAUAAGAAUAAUGCCUUUGUUGCUGAUUAAGGGAUGUUUUCAAAACUCAAUUUAGCACAAGAAGCGUCUGUUAUUGUAAUCUACUUUAGAUGCAACAUUCCUAUAUUAAGGGUUUCAUUUAUUGCACUACUACUGUAAGAUGAUGCAUAAACUCCAUGUUCACGUGCUUAGUUUACUUAAAUACCACAAUUUUAUACUAUUAAUUUAUUGUGUAAAUAUCAUGUAAAUGUAUUUCUAAUUUCUGUGUUUAUCAAAUGCACUACUAUUGUACUGUAUCUGCACAUAGUAAUUGUUCAUAUAAAAUAACAGAAACUGGACUUAUAGGAAAUAGUUUUAAUAAACAGAUUGAAUGUA